AGUGAGUGAGCGUGUGAGUGUGAGAGUGAGGGAGCGAGAGGGGUCUCUUCUUUGGAGUCGGUAGCGCUGGGCGCUCGCUUGCUCUGUCGAGUAGUGAGCUGGUGUCUUUCUGCUGCUGCCACCCCCAACAUCUUAUAGACGACUGACCACCAGUCCCAUCAGCAGUAGAGCAGGACGACGAAGAGGAAGGGAGGAAGGAAGAGAGAGAGAGAGAGAGAGGGAGAGGUGACAGAGGAGGAGGAAGAGAGGGUAGUAGGAGGAGGUAGGGAACAGGAGUUCUAGUUCUGCCGUCGGGGCAGAAUAAGAACGAAGAAGAAGAAGAAGAUUGCCGAUUACGAUUGAGACUUAUUUGUUGGUUUAUGUGUUUGUUUGCAAGUCUGGUCGGUGAAUUUGGUCGAGCCGAGCCGAGCCGAGAGGAAAACAACAGUGGGCGCUGACGCUGAAUGAUGAGUUUGCAACGGCAUAGCAAGGACGGAAGAGACUGGGAGUAGUAGUGUUCAGCACUACAGCCCUCGCUCGCUUGCGUUGAACGACGAGCUCUGCUCGUGUGUGAUACUCAGACAGACACACGGAUAGAUACAUACACACAUUCACAGCUAUAGCUAGAUCGGGUGGAAGCGUAUCGAAUGGUGGCCCACUGAGCUGGAUCAUGGCGCGCGAGCCCCGCCUUCUCUGAGCUCAUUCGGACAGUAUCCGUGGACACAGAGGAGCCUCAGCCCAUCAGUCGGUCAGCCACUGAAGUAACUGGACGAGGACGAGGACGAGGAGGCAACAGGAGAAGCAAGGGCCGAGUGGACAGCAGAGAGGAGUGCACGAGGAUGAGAUUCAGGCUUUGAGUCUGCGUCUUUCUCUGUCUCUCUGAUUUCAAUCUAGUACCGGCUGAUUGUGCAGGCGUCGAGUGGAUUGGCGAGAUAGGUAGGUAGAUAGAUAGAUAGAUUGAUAAACAGACAGACAUACCGAUAGAUAGUUAGCUAACGAUGAUAACGAUGAAGAGUAGAAUGCUUGGCCGGCGGGGGCUGCCGCUGCUCGUGGCGAUGUGGAGUGUGUGGGCGAUGGCGAUGGCGAGCCUGGGGAAUGCGCAGACGACGACGACCAACGGCACCAAGGCGCCGGCGCCCGCGACGCCCCCCAGCCCGCCGGUGGUGGCCGCGCCGCCCGCGCCGCCGCCCCUGUCGCCCAUGGAGGCGUCGGCGAUGGACGCGUGCACGGGAGUGUUCUUACAGUACCAAUUCAUGGGGACGCCGCUGAAAAUCUACCCGUUCAUGGACAACACGAGCACGUUGCUGCAGCCUUACAGAUUCGAGAGCGAGGUGACGCUGACCAACACCGGGUUCUCCAACGUGCUGGGCUGGGAGGUGUUCGUCGGGUUCCAGCACGGGGAGAUCAUCGCCGAUGCGCCGGGCGUGCUCUUCGUGGACGGCGAGUCGACGCCGGGCGUGUUCGCCGGCAAUGGCACCACCGUCAUGGGCACGGACCAACCGGACUUGAAAAACUCCAUCGACACGGCCAUGGAUUUGGACUUGAUUUCUGCCAGCUUCAGCUUCACCGGCACCGAGUUCGGCGUGGCCGACCCCGACGUUCCCAUGCCGAAGAACAUCAGCCUUCUGAAUCCCGGCUGGGAGUGCGGCCCCAUGGGCACCGAUUCCUCCGGGACGACGGCGGGGCGGUCGAUGUGGACGUGCUGCGCCGAGAACGUGACGGCGAUAAACACGACGGCGAAGGACUCGGGGUUCCUGCCGCGGGCGUCGGGCGACGUGGUGAUGUACUACGACGUGUUCCAGACGUUCGGGGACAACUACUGGGCCAAGGUGAGCAUCUCGAUGGAGGACCCGCUGGGGCGCAUCGACCACUGGAACCUGACCUGGGACUGGCGCCAGGGCGAGUUCAUCUUCGCCAUGAAGGGCGCGCAGAUCCUGGGCCCGCAGGAGCAGGACAAGUGCGUGCUGGGCAAGGCCGGGCAGUACUACGCCAGCAUGGACUUCUCGCAGGUCAUGAGUUGCUCGGCGUCGCCUACCAUAGUCGACCUGCCGCAGGACCAGAAGGACAACCCGGCCGUGGCCGUGCCCAACUGCUGCCGCAACGGCACGCUGCUGCCGGAGCUGGUGGACGCGUCGCAGACCAAGUCGGAGUUCCAGGUGCAGGUGUACAAGCUGCCGCCGAACCUGGACCGCGACGAGAUCCAGCCGCCGGUGAACUGGAACAUCGGCGAGGGCUACCAGUGCAGUCAACCGCGCGCGGUGUCGCCGUCGGAGUUCUCGCCCGACAACAUCCACUCGCAGUCGGCCGUCAAGAGCUGGCAGGUGGUGUGCAACAAGACCGAGACCAAGGCCAAGAAGUGCUGCGUCUCGUUCAGCACCUUCUACAACGACUCGGUGGUGCCGUGCCCGACCUGCGCCUGCGGCUGCGCCUCCAACACCUUCCCGUGGAACGGGCAGAAGUGCAACCCGGACAUCGACCCCAUGUUCCUGCCCUACAACGGCGUGCUGCUGCCGCCGUCCAACCGCACGGCGCUGGGCCUGCAGUUAGCCAAGCUCGACCACUACUCGGUGCCCACCGACGUGCAGGCCUGCCCGGACAACUGCGGCGUGGCCAUCAACUGGCACAUCUACUCGGACUACGUCGACGGCUGGAGCGCGCGCAUCACGCUCUUCAACUGGGACAAGACGUCCGUCCCGAAGUGGUUCUCGGCCAUCGAGCUGGAGAAGGCCAUGCCGGGCUACCAAAACGUCUACUCGUUCAACGGCACGAUCAUGCCGGACCUGAACGACGCGCUGCUCAUGCAGGGCCACUUCGGCUACGACAACGACUACCUGCUGGCCAUCGACCCCAAGGACAACCCCGGCAAGCUGCAGUCGCUCAUGUCCUUCGACAAGCGCAAGACGCCCGGCAUCAACGUGGUCAAGGGCGACGGCUUCCCCACCAAGGUCUGGUUCAACGGCGACGAGUGCGCCAUCCCCUCCUACUUCCCCACCGGCGCCGCGGCCUGGCAGGCGCGCCCCUCGCUGCGCCUCUCGCUCGGCGCGCUCGUGCUGGCCCUGGCGCUGCUCGUCGGGGGCCGCGACUUGUUGUGACUGUUGUGACGGACGCUUUCGUAUGGGGCCGAUUGUACAAUUGAGAAUAGCUAGCUAGGCUGUAAUUUUAGAGGUAAUGUUGGAAUGCAGAAGACUUAAUGAUUCUUUGGGCGGAGUUCGCCUUGGGGCGAACCCGCCCCCGCUAAGCUAGUAGACAGGAGGGCGAGGCCCUUAGAGCCGCCCGCGCGAGUUUGUUCCAGCACUGCGAAGCGGUGGUGGCUGGGAGGCGACGUCCCGAGGUCGCGCGCCGAGCGACGGGGUCGUUCGAUUUCCACAAUUUUGAGUCGCGUGCCAUUUCCGAGGACCGGCUGGACGGAGAAAUCCUCCGUCUGUUCGGCGGUGCACUUCGCAGCAUAAUCUGCCCACGGACCCGCCCGAGGACGACCACCCGCCGCCACCAUCGUCCGCCGUGCCGGUUAACAUCACCCAAUCUUAGUUGGACCGCGGAGGCCGGACUGGGAUCCGGCAACAACGACCGCUGUUGCGGCCCUCGCCGGCCUCCGGGCCUCGUCAUUACGGAGGACAUCGACUGCGCUUUGGUUUCCGGACCACGCCCGCAGGCCCGGCCGGGUCCGGAUGCGCCAGCUCUGCGGCGCCUGUGCCCAGAGCAGCUAGAGUCGUAGUUAGCGUGCGCUGUGACCCGGCGUGCAUCACGAUCGUUCUCGUCGUACUUUGUAUCUCUUCGUCCUGACACCAAAUUCGAACGGAAUUCCACCAGUUUUACUAUUC